GCUGGAUCCUGGGAAGAACAUUUUGAAACAUGGGAACGAUUACUUGUCCUGUAUGUGGGAUCCAUUGCAAUGUUUUUCAUUGGCAAGAACCUGAAGAGACGGCACCAGAUUAAAGAUGAUGUUAGAGCAUCAUUUUAUGAUGAUGUCAAUGUGUGGCUCAAGGCUUUAAAGAAGAAGGGAACGAAAUUCAUGGGCGGAGACGAGCCAAAUCUAUCAGACCUGACUGUGUUUGGUGUUCUGACUGCUGUCGAAGGAUGCGACGCAUUCCAAGACGUUAAAAGUAACACCAAAAUAACACCAUGGUUUGAGCAAAUGAAGGAGGUUGUGUCUCAGCAUGGAGGAGCCAAGUUAACCAUGGAGAGAGGCAAUUUGUUACAAAACUAAAAGAUGUCUAGGCUUACAAAAAUGUCAGUAUCAAGGAGUUCCCAAAAUUCUUAGUGAAAUUCUUGUAAAUUCAGGGUUCUUAUUAAGUGGAGCAGUUUUGGGUUUGGUAAAAUCUUGCUAAAUUGAUUUUGGUGUAGACAUUUGAAAGUAUUGAUAGUGCAACUGCCUAAUUGUGGGAUUGGAAAUUUAUCAGCAUUAAUUUUUCUUUUAGACUAUCGAUUCAGCUUCAUCUACAGUCAAUUCGAAAAUAUAAUUAUUUACAAUAUUUCAGAGAAUUAACUACAAGUUGUUACACUUUCCUAUUUCUCCUUAAAAAUUUCUGUGUACCCAGAUCUACAUAAUCUCUAACAGUUUAAAUGUUAUUUUGAAAACAGAUUUUGCUAGCAACCAUGUAUGAUUUGUACAGUGUAUCAUAUUGGGAUGUUGUAAAUAUAAGAAUAAUAUUUAUAAA